AUGGUUGUUUUCUGCAGUUUUGUUCCCAUGUUUGGAGAAACUGAGUAUGAUCCAGUUCGACAGUUCUCCUCUGUUUCUAUAGAGGAACAGCUUGAUGCUCUUGGAAGAGCUGUUGAUGCUGGUAAGAUCAGAUACAUCGGACUCAGUAAUGAAACACCAUAUGGUGUCAUGAAGUUCCUUCAUGUUGCAGAGAAGGAUGAUCGGUACCCUAAGAUAGUAUCUCUACAGAAUUCAUACAGCUUGCUCUGCCGAACUUUUGAUUCUGGAAUGGCUGAGUGCUGUCAUCAUGAGAGGAUAAGUUUGCUGGCUUAUAGCCCCCUGGCAAUGGGCAUACUGUCUGGGAAGUAUUUCUCUUCUGAUGGUGGCCCAUCCGAUGCUCGGUUAAAUCUUUUCAGAGGGAGGUAUUCAGAAGGUGAAUUUCGAUAUAACCUAUCCAGGAAACAAUUAAAAUCAGCCACUAUGGAAUACCUCAGUAUUGCUGAAGAAUAUGGUCUUCAUCCUGUAUCUCUUGCAAUUUCUUUUGUUUUGAGACACCCUCUUAUUGCAAGUGCCGUAUUUGGAGUUACCAAAUCAUGGCAGCUUCAAGAGGUUCUUGACGCGUGCAAUGUUGAACUCACAGCUCAAAUUAUUGCAGACAUCAACAGAGUCCAUGCUAAGUUUCCCAAUCCAUGCCCUUGAUUAAUGUGAAAGAUUUCUACAUUCCUUUUCCAUUUGAAAAGUUUUAAAAUUAGCCAGCACAAUCCACUUGUCAUGUUAUCUCUUAUGCUCUAAUAUGUUGGGGAAAAUUUUGGGAGGAAAGCUCAGACUUCAAGUAAUCAAAGAUUAACCUGGCAGCAUACGGAUGUCCUAAAAUUUUUGGCCGGUUAGGAAUCAUCAAAUUUUAGGUGAAAACAUGUGCUGAUGUUUAGAUUUUGCCAUAUCGAUAUGAACUUCAGCUAUUGAAGCAUGUAUUUCUGUCUGCCCCCUCUCAAAAAAAUUGCUUGUGAUUUCGCAAUUUACCUUUUAACCAUAUGGUGUUAUGCGUUUUUUUGUGCACUUAGAACUUUGAAAACAGGGAAAAGCCUUGGAAACCAAAAUAAAAAAGGAAAAAAAAAAAAAUCCUUAGAACUUUAUUAUCUAUGUAUCUUUGCCGGUUGCAUUCACAACAACCGUAAGUUAGGUAGAUGUUGGCUUGGAUCUAGUAGGAUGUUAUCAUGAUUGUUGACCAUCAUGAGUGGACUCAAAUGGUUAGCUUAGCAUUAGUGGGAAUGUUAAUCUAGUUGGUGUUGAUCUUUUCUUCCCUCCAGUUGGAUGUUGACCAUGUGGAAUCAAUGAGUUUUCCAAGAAAGAGAUCCCUGCAGAAGAUGCGAAGAUAGCUAAAACCUGAUUUCAAGAGUCAAGACCUGGCGGCUGCUGGCUGCAUUGUCAACCUUGCAACUCAUGGGUUUGAAAGGAAAAAUAUGUAAUAAGAAUAUCAAAAUUGACUUGAUUUUAAUCCGUUCUAGAACUCACUUAGCUGAAAAUUAAAGACUAGAGAAGACC